UGGUCACGUGUCCGGUACGCGGAUCGUUUGUUUUUUGGCGCGCACCGUGUGCCCGUCGCCGUUAGCACAUUACGCGAACCGCACACACACGCUCUGCAGACACGCGUUGUCGCACGUCGCGCACACACCAUCGUCGCCGCUCUGCAGCUCUCCCGGCCCGAACGCAACACAAAAUUAUCGUUCAAUAAUUAACAACUAUCCAAGCCAAUCGACAUCUAAUUACCAAACUAUCUUUUUAUUUUUUUCGGUUUUAAAACAAAUUUUACUCACGACCAUCGAUAAUACUAUAUAUUACAACUACAGAAAAGAAGAUAACUCUAGCGAAAUUUACCAUUCCGCUGGUUCGUCGUAUCCAAGUCCAUCGAAUAUGCUUUUGUUCCAGACACAGAGCACAUUUACGCCAAGUACGUUUGCCGAAUUGCUCACCGGUGCUUCUUACUCAGAGCUGCCGUUGAACGAAGAGAUCGACUCACUGUCAGACGUGCACGGAGUAUUGUCUGACGUUUCCGGUGUUGACGAUUCCCAUCCGCACAAUGCAAUCACUGCCGCCGGCCUGUUGCCCAGUUUUCAAGAAACGUACGCCGCCGGUCCUGGCGUAGGGUUCAAGAUGGACGACGAGUACGCGACCACUCAGACGCCGGCCGCGGCGUCCGUUUACCCACCGCCGCAUCAGCAACACCACCAGCACCAACACCAACACCACCACCACCAUCACCAACAACAACACCACCAACACAUACAGCAGCAACAACCGCCACACCACCAUCACCAUCAUCAUCAUCAUAAUAACCACCACGGACCGCCGCCGCCACCGCCACCGCCGACGCUCCCGAUCGUCCACUUCGAUUAUCAUUAUCAGCAUUUUCCCGGUGCCGCUAUAGCCCCGCAGGCCGCCGACUCCCCGGGCCCCGACCACAGUGUAGGAUUCGAGGCCAACUUGAUGGUGGAGCACGUUACCAUGCACCCAAUCAACCAUCCGCAGCAACAGCAGCAGCAGCAGCCACCGUCGAUGCAACUCGCCACUGAACUGCAUAUCACUGCCAGGCCCAGGAGGACUUCAAUGAUGAUGCACAGAACGGAUUCCACAGGGAGUUUAUCGCCGAAAAUACGACACACCAUGAAUCCGUUACCGGUAGCCGUGCCCAACGAUUGUUCAUCGCAGGACUUGUGUUUGCCCAGGAACGUUACUGGAAUGGCCCCCUCAUCUCCGUCCCAGUUAUGCGCCGUAUGUGGCGACACUGCAGCAUGUCAGCACUAUGGAGUGCGUACGUGCGAAGGAUGCAAAGGCUUUUUCAAACGGACCGUUCAGAAGGGCUCCAAGUACGUUUGCCUGGCCGACAAAAAUUGUCCAGUAGACAAAAGGCGGAGGAACCGCUGUCAGUUUUGCCGUUUCCAAAAAUGUCUGCAGGUGGGCAUGGUCAAAGAAGUGGUGCGUACAGAUUCGUUAAAGGGCCGCCGUGGUCGUUUGCCGUCAAAGCCAAAGUCGCCUCACGGAUCACCGCCCAGUCCUCCGUUGUCUCUCAUCACAGCGCUUGUACGAGCACAUGUCGACACCAAUCCGGAUUUUUCAUCCCUCGACUACUCCCAAUAUCAUGAUUCAAAACCAUUUGAGUCAUUGACAACAGAAGCGGAAAAAAUUCAACAAUUUUUCGGAUUGCUCACGACUUCUGUUGAAGUGAUUAAGCAUUUUGCUGAUAAAAUACCGGGCUAUAAGACAUUGUGCAAGACAGAUCAAGAUUUAUUGUUUCAGUCAGCAUCCCUAGAGUUAUUCGUACUCCGACUAGCCUAUAGGACUAAAUAUGCAGACACAAAAUUGAUAUUUUGCAACGGAGUUGUCUUGGAGAAACAACAAUGCCACAGAAGCUUUGGCGAUUGGCUACAAGCUAUACUGGAUUUCAGUCAGUCGCUACACUCGUUGGAAAUUGACAUAUCCUCAUUUUCUUGUAUAUGCGCCUUAACAUUGAUUACAGAACGCCAUGGGCUUCGAGAAGCCAAAAAAGUAGAACAGCUACAAAUGAAAAUCAUCAACGCUUUACGUGAGCACAUCGCUUAUUCCAUGUCGGAUUCGCAACGCAAAUCUUAUUACUUUUCGAGAUUGUUGGCCAAACUGCCAGAAUUGCGUUCUUUGAGCGUGCAAGGCCUUCAGAGGAUAUUCUACUUGAAGUUGGAGGAUCUGGUACCCGCUCCGCCUCUAAUUGAAAACAUGUUUAUAGCUAGUUUACCGUUUUGAAACGUUACACAUUACUUCAGCCUAAACGUCGUCUAAAAUAUGAAUUUGUCCGUCUACGUAUUAUAAUUAGUUGUAAUCUUGUCACUGUUAUGUCUAUCUUUUGUAUUAUUGUUGUCUUCGCAAAAUAGUGUAAUAGCCUAAUGAUUUUUUUUUUUAUUAUUAUUGUGGCCGCGUCUCAUUAUUGUUUUUUUAUUAUUAUUAUUUUUUUUUUUGUCAUUGGGUUUUAGUGUUAAGUACAUUUUAUCGAUUAUUAUUCAAACCUUAUAAUAUGAAUACAUAUAAUUAUUUUAUUAUUAUUAUUUAUACGUGUUGUUAAAGUUAUAACUUAUUUAUAUAAAUAUUAUUGCCUAUAUAUACCAACGUGUGGUAAUGCAUUAGAUUGUAAUUAAAUUAUGUUUUUUUUUGUAUAUAAUAUUUAGAUACAUCCAUUUAUUUGUAUCAAUAAACAAUUUUUGUUUUUUGUAAAACUUAAUUGUUGCUUGCAAAUUAGUGUACCUAUAAAUCACACGCGUGCCCGUGUGUAUUAAUUGUAAUAUUUAAAAAAAAUGUGUGCGUUUUUAGUUUUUAGAGGAGUGAUGCAUUUAUUUUAUCAAUUAAUUACCUACUUAGACAAAUUUUUAAAUCGAAUAACCUAUAAAUAAAAUAACUAGUGUAGCAAGACAUAAGCGUGGACAUGGGAAGUAUAAACUAUAAUUUUAUCCAUACCCUGCACAGAUGAGCCCUUCACCCUCAGACCGUUGUCAUCAUAAAAUUCACUUAUCAUCUUAUCUUAAAAUUUAUAGGUACCGAUCAAAUAACUUACUAACAUAUCCCCUAUCAAAAUCCCUAUGUUGUGUAUAUAAACCAUAUUCUCAUACGGUAUAAAUACAUUCACCACUCUUCUCACUUUUACGGUUAGCAGUAACUUUCUAUUUAUAUGAUUUUUAUAUUCGUUGAUUCAGGUAUGAUUUUUUUAACAAAUUACUUAGCAAGUCUUAAAAAAUUAUAGCUAUGAACCCCCGUGAUUAGGGGAUUGAGAAUGAAUUGAUUCUCAGUUGUAAGUCACGUCAUAUAGAACACUUAAACCUUUUUUUUUUGGGGGGGGGGGGGGAAUAUGACUACUCGUCCAGAAUAUUUGUCCACGCCUAUGCAAGUUAUAGUAAUAAUAAAACAUUUUUGGACAUUUUUUUUUGUUAAUAUCUUUAGUUUAUACAAUAACAAAUUGAUUAAAAUCAAAAAUAGUUUUAUCUAUUUUUUGUAUGCUUAUAAUUUGUAAGGAUUAUGAUUAUUUAUUGUUAAAUGUUUUUUAUUGGUUUCAUUCCUAUUGUAGCAGUAAACUAUCAAAUAA